UUCAAAAACUCAGUUACUGUAGGAGUCUGUCUCGCUUUAUCAGGUGUUGGCUUGUCAAUGACCUACAUGCCAACAGUGAUUGCACUGAAUGAUUUCUUCAGAGAAAAAUUCGUUUUGAUGAACACAAUCACGUUGUACGGCUACACCACUGGAUCCAUGCUGCUCCCUAUUAUAAUGGAACGGUCAUUCGAAGCAUAUGGCUAUGUAGGGGCUUUUAUUAUCCUUGGCGGUAUUGCUUUUAACCUUUUCGCGUGCGGUGCAACGAUAUGCAAAGCACCAAGAAACGCAGCUACAAAUGAAGGCAGAAGUGAUAAUGAAGUAAAAGAGAAACAGAAGUGUCUCUCUAAAGGAGAGCCUUCAAUGCAAACAGAAGGCAUCUGUUAUCGCGAGGAGGAGGAGGAAGUGGAAAGAGAGGAGGAUAAGGAGGAAGAUGAUAGUGAAGAGUGCGUCUUAGAGAAAAGGCGUUUGAUUCAAAACGAGAGACGUAACACCAGUACACAGGAAACAUCCCCGAAUGCGCGCUCAUCUUGGACAAGCUCCGCCUUUCAAACCGGCAAACGGUUCUGUGGAAUAUUAAACGAACCACUCUAUCUUUUCACCAUCCCGAUUAAUUUCUUGUGCCUUUUCUCCAUGUAUUCGUGGAUGCUGUUUCUGGUCCCCCACGCUGAACACCUGGGAAUCCCUCCUUCCAAAGCUAUCUUCCUCUCCACAAUUGGCGGCAUAGGUGGCAUCAUCGGUCGGACCAUCUUCAUCAUCCUCGUCGGCAAAGGCAUCAAUGUUUAUGUCGUCUACAUCGCCAUAGGUCUCAUCGGCACGGCAUCAUUUCUGCUGGACUUCAUCAGUUCUGCUUACGCGGUGCGUGCUACCUUGGCUUUUGUCCAGGGUUUCUCCUUCUUCAUCGAGGAUGCUAUUAUGUCCAGUUUAUUCAAAGAUGCAGUCUUUGACAAUCGGAAUUUUAACAUGGCCGUGGCUCUCGGUUUAUUCGCGGGAGGACUGGGGGCGACAUGUGCAGGAACAAUUUCAGGUUAUCUGUUUGAUGUCACCCAGUCAUUCACGAUGGUGUUCAUCAUCGUCGGCUUCAUUCACGCCAUCAUGGUCGUUCAUCUCUUCAUCAUAGCGAUCCUCAUCAAGAGACGACGACAAGAUGUCAGCUCUGAUUUUGACCAUUGAGGUUUUAGAGGAGGAGUCAGAAACUUCUACCUAUCCUCCUUCCUUUUAAAAUAAAUAAAGGAGGUGCCCUUAACAAGUUGAUACCGAACAACCGAUUAAUAUAAUAAUAACUA